GCACCUCGAAAGCACCUGCUGUCAUUCGCUUUGUUGUGCGUAGAAACUGGUUCUGAUUUUCCACUGGCAUACGUGCUCUUUAUUUACAAAAUUGUGAAACCAACAUUUUAGCUCCCGUAUCGUUCGGGUGGUCACGCAAACCAUAAACCCUGCGUCGUGCAAGCUCGAGCGAUACAAAAUGCGCAACCGAGAACCAUCGUUUACAGCCAUAGCAGCCGCGGAAACCGCUUAACGUGUGUGCUAGAAUCCGUUUUCCAGCCAUCAUAACACGACGACGCAUAUUCGGAGUGUGUGUGGCGAGAGAAGAAGAAAAAAAGGUGCUUGCGUACAUAUUGCGUACAGGUCGCGAGACUUUCUGUUGAAUUGUGAAAAUCAAUUCCCCAGCUGCCCAUUGAUUUGUAGCCGUCUGUCUCCUUUGCCUGCCAAAAAGGAAAAGCAUUUCUACCCUGCAGCCCCGAAACUGUGCCAGCACUGUUCCUGUUGCUCGUGUUCCUCCCACCCCACGCAUUGCUGCAUUCCUCCCCAUUGCACAGGGCCGUCCCAUACUCGUGCGUAAAUAAUAACACAACAUACAGAGACUUGUCAUGGCAGAUAAAAGUCCAAUCGAAGGAUCGCCCGUUGGCACGGAUGCACCGACUUCGCCCAUUACAUCGAAGGGAAAGAGCGUAGAUGCACCGACAAGUCCGACGGGCAGUACUGCAUCGGCCAGCUCGUCCAGCUGGUGGGGCUCAUGGAUAGAUACCGCACGGUCAAAGUCUGCCUCGGUGCUGGAAGCGGUAAAGAAUGAUCUAACCGAGCUGACGACGGUCGUCAAGACGGAAGCGUCGAGCGCUGGCGAAGCGAUCGGGCGGUCGCUGAACCUAGGCGAACCCGACUCGGCCGUCGGUGCGAUGAAGAAAAGCUUCAGCAGCUUCCUCGGCCAGGUGACGGAAGCGCUCGUUCCAUCGCUCGAGGAGGACGAAGAGACGGAGGCGGUACUCAUAACGGUCGACGGCACGCUCACACUUACCGGCUUCUACAAGCAUCUGGCCGAGCUGCAGGCAAACAAUGACACCUACCUGGAGGAGCCGGCCGACGAGCUGCGCGAAAAGUACAAGCGCUGGAUGGAGGUGGUCGAGCAGGAACAGUUUACCGAGCCGCGGCUAGCGAAGCAUCUGGCGAGCAGUACGAUACUGAACGAGAAGUAUGUCACACUGGUGCCUGCCAAAGUUGCUCACAUGAAUUUCUGGAAACGGUAUCUCUUUAAGAAAGCGUUGCUGGAGGAUGCAAUUGCGAAUGCGGAAUUGGCCGAACGGAAGGCGAAGGCGGCACUGAACAACACGGAAACCUGUGCACCAAACAAAACGAUCGUACAAACCGAUCAACCACGACGGGCGACGAUCGAAGAAGCAACCGAGCCGGAAGAAACGUCCCCCACGUAUCCGAUUGCGGAUGAUCUCGCCUGGGCGGAAGUGCCUGAAUUCGACGCAACGAACAUCGAGCUGUCCGAGGAGGAGCAACUGCGGCUGCUGGAGGAAUACGAGCAGGAGAUCCGGGAACGUGAAAAAUCGCUCACGACCAGCGUCGGCAAGCUGGACAUCGUAGACGAAUCGUUGCUGGUACAGUCCGACAUUGAGGGCACACCGCAAAAGACGCCGAAGAAAGGGUCCGCUCAAGCCGCUCCCGGUGCGAAAUCAACGUCCACGGUACCGGCCGCAAAGAAGGAUUCGAAGUCGUCGACCAACCAAAAAGCAAACACCCAACAGCCAAACAAAUCCGAUCCUCAGAGUGGCAAAGCGUCGAACGCUGGCAAGAAUGUAAAUAACAAGAACCAGCAGCCACAACAAACACAGGCGGGUAAAAAGGGCACAGCACAACAGCAGCAGCAGCAGCAGCAAACGGGUGGCAAAAAGAAGGAACAGCUCAAGAUGGACAAGAACCACUUCUCGAAGGAGGCGGAAGCGUCGUCGUCCAAUUCGGACGAGAGCUGGGAGAAGGAGUUCGAGCUGGAAUGAGGCGAACCGAUCGAUCUGCGCCGCGAACUGUCCGAGUGCGCCGAUUGGUCGUCUUUUCGUUUUCCCUAGGUUUCACUGGCUUUCCGACCUUUUGGAGGAUUUUGAUUUUGAUACGUACCGAUGAGAUGAAUUACCCGACUAGACGCGAUUAGCGAUUGGCCAUAGGGUCUGUGCAAGCGUGCUGACAGCAGGCUAGAGUGGCGAGGCGAGAGAGGAGCAACGUGGGGCACACGCAAACGUGUGCAACGUUUAACUGUAAUCGUUUGAUUUAUUUUACUAGUUUACUAUUUGUUAGCCUAUUCGAUAAGUCGGUCACUCCUCUAAGCAGAGGGAGCAGUUUUCCAGAGGGAGGAGAUUGUCAACCUAAAAACCGCUGCAUGUGUCAUUGCAGUUUAGUAGAUGGAAAUUGUUUAUUUUUACAUAACUCUAUUAUAUUAUCUAGCCCCAAUACGUGUACUUUGUGUUUCUCUCUGUCUUCUACAGCAUCUCCGCUAUAAAGCGAUGGCCAAUUCGUUCCUUGUUUUUAUUUCUCUGCCAGACGGAAGCGUAGGUAAGGAGGGAUAGCAUUUCCCGGACAUAAUCCUUCCCAUCCGAGGCGAGGCCCAAGCGUACGUGAAGGAUGGGAACAGAAAUUGUGCUCUACUAUCAUCUAGUUAAAAACCGAUCGUACCCGUUCUGUUCUAAGUUUAGUUUGUGUCUAAUCUAGCAACCGGUUGGCUGCGCGUUCUGUGUUGCUAGGUGCGGUGAUUGUGACACCGUGAAGAGGGGGAGGCAAAUCGACGGAGCAGCGUGCGCCUGAAUUCUUCGAUCGUCCGAGUCACAUUAAACGAUUAAUAAAGUGAACCAUAUUUUAUUACCAA